UUGCUUUGCCUGCUACAAUCGGUGAAUACAAUCUGCUGCCAGGGCGGGCAAUCCCGUCUUAUCUUUGUCUAGCUGUGUAGUAACGUACCUGUCAAAUAUUUGUUUUUCGUGGACUAGAAGGAGUGCUAUCAAGGGAUGUCAAAGCGAGUACGAAGCAGAGAGGUCUGCGCUGAUUGCAGUGCUCCGGAGCCACGCUGGGCCUCUGUUAACAGGGGUGUGUUGAUCUGCGAUGAGUGCUGCAGCAUCCACCGAGGUUUGGGGCGACACAGCUCUCAAGUCCGACAUCUGACUCAUUCUCCAUGGCCACCCUCCCAGUUACAGAUGGUCCAGACACUCUAUGGCAAUGGAGCUAAUUCCAUAUGGGAGCAUAGCCUUCUGGACCCUUCCUCUUCAGUGAGUGGGAAGCGCAAAGCCAACCCCCAGGACCGAGUUCAUCCGAACAAGACAGAGUUCAUCAAGGCCAAAUAUCAGAUGUUGGCGUAUGUCCAUCGGAUGCCUUGUCGGGAGGAUGACAGUGUAACCGCAAAAGACCUCAGCAAGCAACUCCACUCCAGCGUUCGCACUGGAAACCUGGAGACCUGCCUAAGACUCUUAUCUUUGGGAGCCCAGGCCAACUUCUUUCAUCCAGAGAAAGGAAACACUCCACUACACAUAGCAGCAAAGGCAGGACAAAUGUUACAAGCAGAGCUGUUGGCAGUAUAUGGAGCUGAUCCCGGGGCCCUGGACUCCAGCGGAAAGACCCCCAUUGAUUACGCGAGACAAGCGGGGCAUCAGGAGCUCGCAGAGAGGCUAGUGGAGAUACAGUAUGAACUCACUGACCGGCUAACAUUUUACCUUUGUGGUAGACGACCAGAUCACAGAAAUGGGCAACAUUUCAUCAUUCCACAGAUGGCAGACAGCAGCUUGGAUUUGUCAGAGUUUGCAAAAGCUGCAAAGAAGAAGCUCCAGUCGCUAAGUAACCAUCAGUUUGAAGAACUCGCCAUGGAUGUUUAUGAUGAAGUUGACAGAAGAGAAACAGAUGCAGUGUGGCUGGCCACUCAGAACCACAGCACACUUGUGACGGACACCACAGUUGUGCCUUUUCUGCCUGUCAAUCCAGAAUACUCAUCUACCAGAAACCAGGGUCGGCAAAAAUUGGCAAGGUUUAGUGCUCAUGAGUUUGCCACCCUGGUUAUCGAUAUUCUAACUGAUGCUAAACGCCGGCAGUGGGGUAAUUCUUGUGACAGUCCCAAAGAAAACGUAGAGCUGAUCCUUCAGGGUAUAAACAGUCGCCAUAACAGUGAGAGCCAGGACAAUGACCAGCCUGAUUACGACAGUGUGGCAUCAGAUGAAGAUCCAGUGCAAGAGGCCACCUGUGGGGACAGCUGCAAUGAUGGAAGGACCAAGAGCUCGGAGUCAUCUGACCUCUCUGAUGGACCUAUCACAGUGCAGGAAUUUAUGGAGGUGAAGAGUGCCCUCACUGCAUCAGAAGCCAAAAUACAACAGCUUCUUAAAGUCAACUGUCACCUCAGUGAAGAGCUGCGGUCGAUGCAGAGCAAGCUGAACUCCCUGCAGACUGAAAACACAACACUGCGAUGGCAAGCCCCCAGCGGACAACAACACCUCCAGGGGCCCUUUGGUCGACACCCACCUCGCGGAGGUCGCGCCCUGUCCAUGUAUGAGACGGGCUCUUCCCCGAGGCAGUACCCCCACCGAGUCGAAACGGCUCGGCAUGAGGACGGAGUCAUUUUACAACCCUUCCCGACUAAUAUUGGGAGGGGUCCUUUGGGGACGGCUGCUUCCUCCCUCCCUACCUUCCCCUCUUCCCUGUCCUGGUCGUGGGAUGAGCGAUCUCAAAGGGGCUGCAGUCUGGAAGCACAGAGCAUGAUGCUUGAGAAUGAUUACGACUCAACGCCCAACCACUCUGAACUGGAGGAAACUGGCAGCCCUCCUCCAGCAUCUGAAGCAGUGGAGCCCGGGGAGGAGGGAGAGGAAGAUGCCACUCUGCCGUGCACUGAGGACGUCAUCUGUAAGACAGAGCAGAUCACCAAAAACAUACAGGAGCUUCUGAGAGCUGCCCAGGAGACCAAACAUGAAAGCUUCCUGCCUUGCUCAGAAAAGAUCUGCAUGGCUGUGACAGAGAUGGCUGCCCUGUUUCCCAAGAGGCCGUCCUCAGAGACCGUGCGAGGGUCUCUGUGUCUGCUCACUUCGAGUGCUAGCCGGCUCCACGGAGAGUGCCAGAAGGCCGCAGAUCAUAACCCGUGCCCGUCGGACAUCCAGCUGGUCACUCAACAGGUCAUCCAGUGCGCUUAUGACAUUGCCAAAGCCGCCAAACAACUUGUCACUGUGACAACCAAAGAAAACAACAACUAACACCCAAAGACAUUCCUGAUACGCCCCAAAUAAUUUAUUAUCAAUAAUGCUCCUAAUUUCAACUUAAUCAGUGUUAAAAUCCUUUUUUUUAUUCUCCCAUAUUAACCAGUGUCACACACACUCCUUUAAAAAAGAUGCAAAAUUACAGAUCAAUCAAAACAUUUAUUUAUUUUAUCGUUUCGUAUCAUGGUAAUACAGAGUAAACAAACAUCUUUAAAGCUGUAGGACAGAGUCUGUUACUAUUCCUUCCCUCGUGAAGAGAUAAUUCACACAAAAACCCCAAAGUACAAUGUUGUGUAAAUAUAAAACAACUAGAACAACAGUUAAUCCCCCUACAUUGUACUUAUCUCCGCAGAGGUCAUCAUUUAUGCUCCUUGAGAUCAGGUGUCUGACAUGACUGAGCUGCCCGAGGGGGCGAACGUCUGCAAAACACCUGGCAUCAAAGAUCAAAAUAGAUUAACCUUAAUCUGCACCAGUGACAUCAGUUUAUUUUCCUUUAGUCAUUUUAAAUGUUUUUGAAAAUGCAAUGACAGUAUUUUAAUCUUGGACCAUUGUGACACCACUUGCUUAGAGUUAAACGUUUGUUUAGUGAGCAAACUGUGAUUAUAAAAGUAGCUUCAGUGCAUCGAGCACCGUGUUAAGGCCAGCAGUACCAAGAGUGUGCAAACCUUCAUUCCAUCCAGCAGCUCCAGCAGCUGAUUUCACUGUUCAGUAGAGUAUCAGUAGUUUUCGGAGUUACAUUGUUACAGCCAUACUUCUGAUGUUGCGUGUGUGCAUGCGUGUGUGCGGGCGUGUGCGUGUGCGGCCGUUUGGGCGCAGUUGUCACGGAGAUGGCCUCGGAGGCCCCUGUGAAAUCCAUUUUGAAUCAAUUUUAUUAGCAUUAUGCAAAUAUAUAAGAUGUAUGUAUCAAUGUAAUUCUUUAUCAAAAAUAACCAAAAUGCUAUUCUAUUUAUAAACUGUAUGUCAUACCUGUAAGAAAAUAUCAAUGUUUAUUUUCAUAAGCUUUUGUUUAACAUGAUGCUCCUCACAGACUAACUUUUGUUCUGAGGUUUGGGACGUCUCAGCUGGCAGGAAGUUCUGGGCAACUUGUGAUCUCUGUUCCUUUGGUGUGCUGCUGUAACUCCAGUGUGUUAGAUGCUGCCUGUGGUCACAUACGUACAGCUGUGGUUUACAAUCACUGAUAAAAGUAAAUGUGCCCUCAAAGUUAGAGUACCUGUUGUAGAUCUUGGGUCUAAUGUGUCACUCGUUUUUGUGAGCCAGGUCAGUUUCAACUAGGGGUGGAAAGAAAACUAGAAUACCCAGCACAAGUGGAGUAAUCUUAAUUUAAUAAUAGUAGAAGUAAGAUUGUGUUGGAAUGUGUUAGAUGAAAAGUAAAAAGUAUCUCUUUUUUAAGACAGUUAUAAAUUACAGAUACAAAGCUACAUCUGGUCAGCAUGAAAGAGCCAAUGCAACCGAAUCGCUUUUACAAAUAUGCAACUUCUCCCUUAAGCAGUCUAUCUCCAAUUCAGUGAUGAGUUCUAAAGUGUAAAAGAAGGCUAUUUUGCCUAUUUUUAAUGAGUGAAAAUAGGCAAACAUCGACAUAGGACAUCAAAGAUAGUUAUUAAAUAUGUCCUUAAAUCUCUCCAGUAGAAACUGUUGAACCUUCAUCAUGUUUUCAAAAAUCUUACAAGUGAUCCUUCAACUACAUCUCACGUUCUAGGAGUUUGCAUUUGUUGAUUAUCUGUUUUGUUAAAGCCUUUUUAAGCUUUUCGUCAAAAUAUUUUUUGUUUUUAUGUUCUUUUGCAUGGUCUUCUGACAGAACUCGUCAUACAGAUUGUCUUGUGAUUUGUCACCAUUUACUUUCAUUUUUGGACUAAUUUUUUUAAUGCAAAACUGACUUUUGUUUAACAUUCACUAUAGUAUAAUGGUAAACGCUAAAAUGUAGUGUAAGCAUUUACCCCCCGCCCACCCGGCCCCCCUAGUUACAUGUUAGUUACAUUUAUCGAGAGACAUGUAACUAGCUUUUUCCCAACACUGGUCUCACCUUAAAUCCUCGUGAUUGGGUUACUAUUUACAUGUUAAUUAUACUUAAUUACUUACAUGUAACUAGUUCCUCCCCGACACUGGUCUUGCUUUGAAUUUUAUGAUUGCCCCCCCAGUUGCAUGUUAAUUACAUUUAGUUAGUUAUAUGUAAUUAGUUACUUCCCAAGACUGAUCUCACUUUAAAUCUUCAUGAUUUGGCCACUAGUUACAU